GUCCCGCAGCCUUUGCCCUUGUUGGGGAGGGACUUCCUGUCUCGUGUGUCAUAGUACCUUCAAAGUUAGGCUUGACACCGAGGUCCUGUGUGUCAAGCGGUGUGUCGGCGAAUACGGCCGCAGUUUAACUCGGGACUACUGUAAAGAUACUCUCCCAUUCCUUCUUGCAGUUACCCUCGCUCAUCCCCCACCGCACUUCCGUGAGGCCUUGGCCUCCUAAGCGCCCAAGCGAGUGUCUGUCGACAGGUUCGGAGAGGGUCAUGGAGGCGCGGCCGCCGGCCCCACGGAGCUUCCUCUGCAGUGAACAGCAGAGAACUUCAAAAGAACUUCAGGAUAUUUACAAGGCAGCAAUUUCAGCAGGCAUCGUCGGCUGGGCAUAUGGGGGAAUACCAGCAUUUAUUCACGCUAAACAGCGCUACAUUGAGCAGAGCCAAGCAGAAGUUUACCACAACCAGCUCGAUGCUGUGCAAUCGGCCCAUCGUGCUGCUACACGAGGCUUCAUCCGGUAUGGCUGGCGCUGGAGUUGGAGAACAGCCAUGUUUGUGACUAUAUUCAAUACAGUGAACACUGGUCUAAACGUUUACCGAAAUAAAAAUGCCUUAAGCCAUUUUGUCAUUGCAGGAGCUGUCACAGGAAGUCUUUUUAGAAUAAACUUAGGCCUGCAUGGCCUAGUAGCUGGUGGCAUAAUUGGAGCCUUGCUGGGCACUCCUAUAGGAAGUCUGUUGAUGGCACUUCAGAUGUACUGUGGUGAAACAGUUCAGGAGAGAAAACAGAAGGAUCGAAAAGCAUUCCAGGAGCUGAAACUGGAAGAACGGAAAGCCAGACUACAAUUUACUGAGCUCCUCCCUGAAGAAAUUGAAAGUAAUUUACAGAAAGAUCGAUCCAAGGAUGACGCUCAGAAAAUUGAAGCACUGCUAAAUCUUCCUAGAAACCCUUCAUCAACAGAUAAACAAGACAAAGACUAAACAUGCUCUGGACUUGAAAUUCAGUGGAGAGUUGAAGAGAGCUAUGUCACCAUGUCUGUAGCAUGCCAGUUGCUUGGGCUGCUGACACAUGUAAGCACUGGCAUCUGUAGUGGCACAGUGACUUGCUCUUGCUUUUUUUUAACCAAAAAUUGGGCUCUUGUACUCUUAACUUUACUCUUCCUUAGAUUUAAGUACAUAUUUGUAUCGAUUGAUCAAUAUAGAUUUCCUUUCUCUGGAUUUUACAGUAGUAAAUUAAGAUUUUCAAAAAGAUUAAAGUUGAAUUCUACAGGUUGUAAAUUUAUUCUUGUAACCCUUUAUAAGAGUACUGUAGUGAUCACUAGGAGAAGGAGAAGAAAGAAACAGGUAAGGCAGAUGAUCUGUGAAACCCCUGUACCCUUGGGUCCUAGAAACAGUAAGGACCUAAAUGUGUAGUUGCGUUUGAUUUUGUUUUAAUACAAAUCAGAGAUGGUUUCUAUGCCAUUUGAAAUAAAAUAAAACUUAACAAAAAGGAAGUAGAUAAGAAUUAUUAAAGAAACAGCCUGACCUUGUUCUCUCACCCAGUAAUGCUGACAAGUAUGUCUGCUGUAGUAUACAAGAGCUGCUCAGAAUACACUUGUCUCUAUGCUUCCGGAGCUUGCUGCCUGAGAAAGAAGCUGCCCUGCAGAGUAUAACUUUUACUAAAUGAGAGGGCAGAAUGGUUGAACCAAGUGUACUGCAAUUAGAAAACUGCUAGUGCUUUGUUUUGGGGUUAGACCUCUUAGUUCCUACUCUGACAACAUUGUUGUUCCCGUGAGCAGUGUUUGUGAAGCAGCCUAGAGUAGUGGCUAAAGCUGUAGGCUCCGGAGGCAGACCACAGGCUUGGAAUCUCAGCCCUGAGGCCUCCAUGUGACUUACAGCCAAGCCAUAUUACUUUAGGUCUCAAGUUUUCUCAUCUGUUAAACAGUAUGUAUCUCAGAAUAGAUACUAAAUGAAAUGAUGUGUGUAAGACAUAGCACAAUACUGUGGCACACAGGACAUUGUCUAACAACAGAUAUUAGCAGUUAAAAGGAUAUGAGAACCUCUGCACCAGCAUAAUCAUCCCAUUCAUAAAUUGCUGACAAAUUGGCAGUUUAUUGUUUUAUUCAUGCCCAUGUAUAGAUUAAAUCCUCCAAAUGGAAAUUAUAAAAUUAGAUGGUUGGUUUUAAAAUAAUUUUAUUAAUAAAGUAAAAUAUAACUCCUUUAACACA